CUGCACGUGCCCCGCGCACGAAGAGCGGGUGACCACCAUCGGAGCAACUGCCACCUCGGGGCUCCGCAGCCAGCCCUGCAGCUGCCGUGAGGCCCCGGUCCCGCCGCCUGAUCCUAUGGCCUAAAUCCGAUCCCGACGCGAAGGCAAAAUUUGACGACGCAUCCUGUUCGGACAGCUGGGCUGCAGCAGCAGCAGCAGCGGCGGGGGGGUGCUGGUCACCUUAUGGCCUCUCGCAACGCGGCCUUCAAGGAACUGGUGCAGGGUCGCAGGAAGUCCUCUGAAAUGAUGAGUCCUUUGCCGCCCGACGCCGGCCUUGCGGAGCCUGAGGAGCAGCAGCCCAGCUGCUCCAAAGCCGCCAAGAAGAAGAAGAAAAAGCGGCCGCAGGACGAGGAUGAUCACGAGCAGGGGGGCGCCGAGGUCGAGCCCAAGGCGACGCGAGCCAAGUCACGCUCGCACGACUCCAAGGCCGAGCUCAAGAAAAAGGACCUGGAGCAGCAGAAGCAGGGGUUGGACGGGGCAGACAAGAAGGCCGAGUCGUUCAUCGACCAGGCAGGGACCAGCGCAGCGUUUUCCCGGGUUCAAACAGAUGAGGAUUAUGCAAUGAGCAAGACCCCGACGGGUCUGUCCACUUCGUCUUUAGAUUCUAGCGCGUCCAAGAAAGUGGUUACCGACAUUUGGAUCAACCCCAAGGAGACGGUCAGCUGGAACCUCGAUUCGCUUGUCACGCUCAACGUUCUCGGUAGGGGCAGCUUCGGCAUCGUCUACUUGGUGCGCCACCGCGUCAACAGGCAGCUGGCAGCACUCAAGUACAUCCGAAAGAAGAACCAGAACCCAGAAAAGGAGCGAAAACGCGUCGAAGUGGAAAAGUCAGUCUGGGAGGCUGUCACGGACCAUCCAUACGUGGUCACAUUUCGAGCUUACUUCGAAACGGCCAAAGGGUGGUGCUUCGUGAUGGAGUACCUGCCCGAGGGCUCCAUCCGCGACCUUGUGCGCAAGAAGGGCCCCUUCAAGGAGGAGACGGCCCGCCUGCUGUCGGCACAGGUCGCCCUGGCUAUCCAGCACGUACACGAGAAAGGGUUCCUGCACCGUGACAUCAGUUCCUCGAACGUGCUCAUAGACAGCAGAGGAAACGCGAAGCUCAUCGACUUUGGGCUCAGCCAGAUUGGCACUGAGGCCUGGUGUCGGUGUGGCUCUUUGGCUUACAUGGCACCAGAGGUCAUUAGACAGGAGCUUUAUGGUAUGUCCGCCGAUUGGUGGUCUUUCGGCAUAGUGCUCUUCGUGAUGCUCGUGGGCAAAACGCCACUGGCCAUCUACGCCGCCGAGAAAGGCGUCGACCUGCACCUGGCGAGGCGGGACAUCCGCUAUCGGCUGGCCUUGAUUGCGCCUUUGAAAAUUCCGAGGACGUUGUCGAGGUCUGCACAAACGCUGCUCAGAGAAAUCCUGAAAGAGAAUCCUAAAAGGAGGCUGGGAUGCAGACCCGAAGGUGGAUUUGACGACCUCAUGAAGAACCCCUUUUACGCCCCCAUCGACUGGUCAGAGGUCUCGUGCGGCUCCCUGCCUAGCACGACGAGAGAGGAAGGCUCCAACCUGUCUACGUAACGGCCCCGGUGCCUCGGACCACGCUGCGGAAUAAAAAUUUGGCACCCGCUCUUCUGUGCCUCAUUUCUGACCCA